CCCCCCCCCCGUCAGUUGGUGUCUCUUUCUAGUUGUUAAUCCGCCUAUCUCUCUCCGCAGGCAUCAUGGCGGAAAUUAAAACCGGGAUCUUUGCUAAAAACGUGCAGAAAAGGCUGAACCGCGCGCAGGAGAAGGUGCUCCAGAAACUGGGAAAAGCAGAUGAGACCAAAGAUGAGCUGUUUGAACAAGUGGUCGUCAACUUCAGGAGACAGGAGUCUGAAGGUUCGCGGCUGCAGAGGGAAAUGAAGGCCUACAUGUCUGCCAUUAAAGGGAUGCAGCAGGCCUCCAUCAACUUGACCCAGUCACUGCAUGAAGUCUAUGAACCAGACUGGCACGGAAAAGAUGACAUCAUGGUCAUUGGAAAGGACUGUGACGCAAUGUGGGAAGACUUUCAUAACAAGCUGGUGGACUCGACGUUGCUGAACCUGGACGAGUACCUGCUACAGUUUCCUGACCUCAAAACCCGUGUGGCCAAAAGAAGCCGCAAACUGAUCGACUACGACAGUGCUCGUCAUCACGUGGAAACACUGCAGUUGUCAGGCAUGAAAAAUGACCGCAAGGUGAUGAAGGCAGAUGAAGAGUUGAAAAAGGCGCAGAAAGUGUUUGAUGAGUUGAACGUUGGCCUGCAGGAUGAACUACCGACUCUCUGGGACAGCCGCGUUGGAUUCUACAUCAGCACCUAUAAGAGUGUGACCAAUCUGGAGGCCAAAUUUCACCGCGAGAUCUCUCAGGUAUGCAGGCAGCUGUAUGAGGUGAUGACACAACUGGCCGAGCAGCACUCUGACAAAAUGUUCACCAUUCAAGGAGCACCAAGUGAUUCAGGACCACUAAGACUCGCCAGGACCCCGUCACCAACAGACGACGAGAGUCCACCUGAGAGUCCAGAUGCCAUCCCUAAUCACAUGCUCCGCCCCGUCUCCCCCGGACCACCGCGGCCCAAAUCCCCUUUACAGCUUAAAAAGGGGCCGCCGGUACCUCCACCACCAAAAGCCACACCUACCAAGGAGGUGGCAGAGGAGCAGAUCAUCAACCUAUUUGGAGGUGAUUUUUUACCAGCACCUUCCCUAUCACAGCCUAAUGAAAGACCAGGAGAAUCUCUUCUCGACAUGGACUUCGAUGCUUUUCAGCCAGAUGAAAGUGUUUCUCCAAUACCGCAGACAGCUGUGCCUUGGGACAUGUGGGCUGCAAAUGCGCAAACAGCUGAAUCGCAGGCUGCAGACACCAACUUCGUCGCCGACUGGUCUGCUGACUUCGGUUCUUUGCCGGCAAAUGAAGACACUCCUCCGGCAGUGGAUGCCCCCGCUGUAGGGCUGGAGGGGGCACGGGGGGAGGUACAGGGGGGGACCCAGGACUUGCCCCAGACAGACGGCUGGCAGCCAGGUGCAGACACGGCCACCCCUCCCCGGGACAGAGAGGUAGCCACAGCCGCUGAAGAUGAGGUGAUCAAUACAUUUACCGGAUUCCCACAGGAGACCACUGGUCAAUCGUUCUUUGCUGAUUUUGAUGAGAUGAAUGAAGGUCCUGCAGACUCAAAAGGUCCUCCAGAAGCUUUAGUUAGAGAAGCUGCUGAUGAACAAGACAAGGCUCCAUCUGCCCUCGAGGGUGAGAAGUCUUCAUCUCCUCCUGCUGGUGAGGGUCCUUCAUCUCCUCCUGCUGGUGAGGGUCCUUCAUCUCCUCCUGCUGGUGAGGGUCCUUCAUCUCCUCCUGCUGGUGAGGGUCCUUCAUCUCCUCCCGCUGGUGAGGGUCCUUCAUCUCCUCCCGCUGGUGAGGGUCCUUCAUCUCCUCCCGCUGGUGAGGGUCCUUCAUCUCCUCCUGCUGGUGAAAAGUCUUCAUCUCCUCCCGCUGGUGAGCAUCCUCCAGCUCCCUCUUCCGGCGAGGAGCUUCCUACAAGAGAGGAGGUGGAGGAACUUGGAGGGCCCUCUGUUGGUGAGGAGGAUCCUCCAGAAGGUUCUAGCAACAAAAGCAAGCCUGAUGUUGCUCCUGACAACAAUGCUAAAACAUUACCUGUUGAAGCAAUUCCAUCGGAACAAAUGCCGAUACCAUCCGUGGUCAUCGAGCCUGCCUCCAGCAACGAAGGAGACGAUGACCGGGAUGCUGACAUCAUCUCUCCCACAGCCAUCGGCGACAAUGGUGUCACCCCUGAGAACCAGAAGGUCAAACACAUGAGUCCGUCUGGUGGAGUGUCAGGACUCCCGGAUGAUUUCCUUUACAAGGUGGAGACGAUGCAUGACUUUGAGGCAGCAAAUUCGGAUGAGCUGGAACUGAGAAGAGGUGACGUGGUGUUGGUGGUUCCCACUGCCUCGGCGGAGGAUCAGGAUGCCGGCUGGCUCACAGGAAUCAGAGAAAGUGAGUGGUCGGCGCUCGGCUCCGGCGCUCACCGAGGACUCUUCCCGGACAACUUCACACAGCGGUUGGAGUGAAAAGUCUCGUUCGACCCGUCCGCGCCCCGAGCACCUCGAGCCGCCUUGAAGCCGGAUCCCAGAAACACCUUCUGACCCGCCGCUGGACACGAUGCUUAUUCACUCUGCAACAUGCAGAGUCCGAGUUCACAGAAAGUAAAACUAAUCCCCAUAAUUACCAUGCAUGAUGUGAUAGUCUGGCCUUCCUGGAAUUGAGUUUUAAUUUUUGAUUUUGUGGAAAGAAUAAAGUGUGACGCAGUGGGAUUGCUGCAAUCUACAGAAAGCUAAAAUAGAUACUGAACCUUUUUUUGCACCAAGUGUGUUGUAUGUAUGUUAUUCUGCUAUUCGAGAAUAAGUAGUGCUGUGUUCUAUUUAAAUGUUCUCGAGUGUUACAUGACGUUUUUUUUUUUUUUUCAUUACUGUAGCCCUUUUAUCGAUGACUGUUUCUACUUCGCUGUUGACCGUAUGUGGUGACAUUUCUUUUGGUAUUUGUGGUGAGUCAAGUGUUGCUUUUUUUCUUCUUCACAAAGACAUUUAUCAUCUGAGCGUUGACAAAGUAGUGCACCUCCAGCAUGGCCAUCUCAAAUAUGGCACGUUAUUUCCCCCCCCAAAAAUAGCAUCUUCCCACAAUUGUAAAUAUCCAUGCUUAGAUGUUUAAGUCACAUGUCUUAUUAAAAUGGUCGUGCAAAAAAACAUAACCAACCACAAUACUUUAAGUGAAUGAUCACAGGUGAGCUAUUAACAAAUGUCCAAUCUAUGGAGAUCUAUUUCAGGUCUCCAUAUUUCUCCAGAGUGGUUUAAAAGAGCAAAAUGGAUGUCAAAUCCUCUGAUAUUAGAGUGUAACCUAGAGCUAUUUGUGAUGUACAUUCCAUGCAUAAUUAUGUGGUCAAUAAAUAAGAUUUAAUGAGAGUA